AUGGCAAGCACAACUCUAGGUACUCUGGGAGCGACAACUAAGCUUCAUCAUGGAAGGUACUUGUGCAGAGAUGUACCAUUCCAGAAUCUACUUGGAAGUGCAGAAGCAACAAAUAAAGCAUGGAGGGAAAGAUCAAAUAAGAGUGCUUCCACAUUCAUCACAAGUCCUCGAGCUGUGGCAUCUGAAAUUUCCACCACACAAAGACAGGAUGCACCUACACUCACAUACAACGAGAAGAUGCUCGCAAAUUAUGUGCCAAUCUUUGUGAUGCUCCCUUUGGGAGUUGUUACAAUUGAUAAUGUUUUAGAAGACAAAGACACACUCGUGAAGCAGCUGCAAAAACUGAAGGAAGCAGGUGUUGAUGGAGUAAUGGUAGAUGUGUGGUGGGGGAUCAUAGAAUCAAAAGGGCCAAAACAAUAUGACUGGAGUGCUUAUAGGAGCAUGUUUCAAGCAGUUCAAGAAUGUGGACUGAAAUUACAAGCUAUAAUGUCAUUUCACCAAUGUGGCGGGAAUAUAGGAGAUAUUGUAACCAUUCCCAUUCCCCAAUGGGUACUUGAUAUAGGAGAAUUGAACCCUGAUAUCUUUUAUACCAAUCUCAAAGGUAACAGGAACCGGGAGUACCUCACUUUAGGUGUGGAUAACUUGCCUCUCUUUAAUGGAAGAACUGCUGUUGAGAUAUAUAGAGACUACUUGAAGAGCUUCAGAGAGAACAUGUCAGAUUUUCUAGAAAGUGGACUAAUUAUAGACAUUGAAGUGGGACUUGGCCCUGCAGGAGAGCUCAGAUAUCCCUCUUAUCCGGAAACUCAAGGAUGGGCUUUUCCAGGAAUUGGGGAAUUUCAGUGCUAUGACAGGUAUCUCAAAGCAGAGUUCAAAGAGGCUGCAACAAAUGCUGGCCAUCCUGAAUGGGAUUUGCCAGAUAAUGCAGGAGAAUACAAUGACACUCCUGAAUCUACAGAGUUCUUCAAAUCAAAAGGGACAUACCUUACUGAGAAAGGGAAGUUCUUUUUGACUUGGUACUCUAACAAAUUACUGAGCCAUGGUGAUCUCAUCCUGGAUGAAGCCAACAAAAUUUUCCUGGGCUGCAAAUUAAAGCUAGCAGCAAAAGUCUCUGGAAUCCACUGGUGGUAUAAAACUGAUAAUCAUGCUGCGGAGCUUACUGCAGGAUACUAUAAUUUGAAAGAUAGAGAUGGGUACCGACCUAUAGCAAGGAUGCUGUCAAGGCAUCAUGCCAUUUUGAAUUUUACAUGUUUAGAGAUGAGGAACUCAGAACAAAGUGCUGAUGCCAAAAGUGCGCCUCAAGACCUUGUUCAGCAGGUUUUGAGUGGAGGUUGGAGAGAGAACAUAGAAGUUGCAGGUGAAAAUGCACUUGCAAGGUACGACAGUGCGGCUUAUGACCAAAUUCUUUUAAAUGCUAGACCAAAUGGUAUCAACAGAGAUGGCCAACCAAAAGUAAGGAUGUAUGGGGUGACUUACCUCCGUCUGGUGGAUGAACUUCUACAAAAAACGAAUUUCGAUAUAUUCAAGACAUUUGUAAAGAAGAUGCAUGCUGAUCAGGAUUACUGUCAGGACUCAAAAAAGUACAACCACCACCUAGGUCCCUUGGAGCGUUCAAAACCAAAGUUCUCGACUGAAGAUCUUCUGGAAGCAACAAAACCAGUGGAGCCAUUCCCGUGGGAUGAAGAAACAGAUAUGAGUGUCACCGGUGGUGGUGGUGGUUUACUUUCUUAUUUGAUAAGCAAAAUCCUAUCUUUAUUCAAGUGAUACAACCAGCCAAGUCGGAAAAGAAGCAACCAUCCAUGAACAAGUUGUUGGAUCUGGAUAACCAAUAAAUUGGCAUAAAGUCGCAAUGCCACCGCAAUUCCAGAUGUCUGCUCCCU